CGCGCGCCUCGUCCCAUGCACAGAACAAGGCUAAGCUUGGACGGCCUUGCCAUGGGCUCGGAGAAGGUAGCGAAGCUUCGCAGAUGGAUACUGGGCCUAGCGACAGUGAACUUCGACCUCGAGGUCGGCCCGAAGAUCACGAGUGUAUACCCUCCGCUGAGUCUGUCACACACAGAGGCCCAGAAUAUAGCCUUCUCCUCCUUCCCUGAUUCCUCUCAUUUCGACGAGGGGUCGCAGACGCACUCCUUCAGGAUACGUUUGCGAGAUACUACGGAAGCAGAAGUCUGGUACAGUGACGCACCUCGACCUGCCACUAUUGACGGAUUCCUAUAUGGGUUUUCCUGCUUCACACGGACGAAGGACGCUUCUUCGAAGCGCGGAUACCAACAAACCUCGACGGUGAUCCUAACUCACCUCGCAUACCCCUCACUUUUCUAUACCCUCAUAUCCAAACUCGGACCAUCUUUCAUGAAUCAUGGCGGGCCCAUGCUGGAGGCGGCGUGUCAUAAUAUCGCCAAUUGGCCGGAUCCUGUACUGGGGACCACAGUAGAGCUAGGAUUUCUUGGGGCCGUCAUACACGCGGAAAUCCCACAAGCUAUCGAGACCCAGCAAGCCAUGUCCACCAUACCACCUGCUCACAUGGGGGAAACAGAUAUCCAGAUGCUGGUCUCCGUUUGUCCCGCUGGACCUCCAAUCUUGUACCAAUUCGAGGCCGUCGUCACCCAUCUAUGGUCUAUAUGGGAAUGCGUCGUCCUAAGCGAACCCAUGCUCAUCUUCGGGUCGUCACCAGCAGCAACGAGCAUUGCCGUGUGGUGGCUUCGAGACCUGCUGCGUCCGAUCCCACUCUCUGGCGACUUUCGCCCAUUCUUCACCAUACACGACGCGGACCACACUUCCCUCGUGAACCCGCGACCGCCUAAGGCAGGCCUGCUACUGGGGGUGACGAACCCAUACUUCGAGCGGGCCUGUAAGCAUUGGCCACACGCGCUCAGUCUGGGUCGGCAGGUCCCCAGCCGGGAACGGGGUGAGAAGAGCCCUACCAUGAUUGGUCCCACGCCAGGAUGGAGAACUACGCAUAAGCGAUAUACGUCUCGAGACCAUACACUCAUGAAACAGCUAGAACAGGCAUGUCGUGGCUCAGAGCCGGACAAACAUCACGCAUCUGAAGCACUCCGUCAACACUUCACCUCGAGGACCACGGCACUACUCGUGCCGUUGCAGCGCUAUCUACAGUCGCUCAUCCCUACACCAAGCGAGUCUCGGUCGAACCUCCACGAUCCGGGACGAUUGAAGCCUUUCAAUGAUGCGGCGUUCUUUGCGUCACUGAAGGCUCAUGGGUCGCCCCUGCCUUUCAAGAGCAACGCGAAGCAGAAGGAAUUCUAUGAAAGGUGGUUGAGGACGCCUGCCUUCGGUCUUUGGCUGGCAAGACAGGAAGAGGUUGUGCAGGGGGUGUUGAAGGGCAUGAUGAAUUUGAAGUAG